UGCUGCUGCUGUUGUUGCUGUCGUCGUCGCCGCGGAGGGUAGGGAGCAGGGAGCCGGGCAGGAGUAGGGCGGUGGGGCCGGAACCUCCAAGGGGAAUUGGCGGCCGGGCCGUCGGGGCCUCGCCGGUCCGCGGCCGGAGCCUGCAUGGAGUGGCGGCGCUGAGCUCAGCCGCCCCGUUGCUGCCGUCGUCGCCGCUGCGCUCCCGCCCCGGCCCCGCCAUGGCCGAGGCACCGCAGCUGGUGGACAUCGACCCCGACUUCGAGCCUCUGCCGCGGCCUCGCUCCUGCACCUGGCCCCUGCCGCGGCCGGAGUUCAACCCCCCCAGUUCGGCCACUUCCAGCCCCGCGCCGUCGUGUGGCGGGCAGCCCGAGGGGGCGACCAGUGCCGCGGCUGGGGCCAGUGCUGCUGCUUCGGGAGGGCUCAGCGCCGACUUCAUCAGCAACCUCAGCCUGCUAGAGGAGAGCGAGGACUUCGCGCCGCUGCCCCCCGCCGCCGCCCCCCCGGAGGCGGCCGCCUGCCGCUGCGGGGACUUCCCGGCACCCGAGCCCGGCUGCCGUCUCCACCCGCCGGGACCGCCGCCGGUGCCGCCGGUACCGCCGCCCGUGGCCGGUCUGUCGCCGGGCCCCGUAGCCGGGCAGCCCCGCAAGAGCAGCUCGUCGCGGCGCAAUGCCUGGGGCAACCUGUCCUACGCGGACCUCAUCACCAAGGCCAUCGAGAGCUCCCCCGAGAAGCGGCUCACCCUCUCCCAGAUCUACGAGUGGAUGGUCAAGAGCGUUCCUUACUUCAAGGAUAAGGGAGACAGCAACAGCUCGGCCGGCUGGAAGAAUUCAAUCCGUCAUAACCUCUCUCUGCACAGCAAGUUCAUCAGAGUGCAGAAUGAGGGAACAGGGAAGAGUUCCUGGUGGAUGCUCAAUCCUGAAGGAGGAAAGAGUGGCAAAUCUCCUAGGAGACGAGCAGCAUCCAUGGAUAAUAACAGCAAGUUUGCCAAAAGCAGAGGCAGAGCUGCCAAGAAAAAAGCAUCCCUUCAGUCUGGUCAAGAGGGAAAUGGUGACAGCCCCGGAUCACAGUUCUCGAAGUGGCCUGCAAGCCCCAGCUCUCACAGUAACGAUGACUUUGAUAACUGGAGUACAUUUCGACCUAGAACGAGCUCUAAUGCUAGUACAAUUAGUGGAAGACUUUCUCCUAUUUUGCCAGAGCAAGAUGAUCUUGGAGAUGGGGAUGUGCACUCCAUGGUAUACCCAUCAUCAGCCACCAAAAUGACUUCUACUCUACCCAGCCUUUCAGAGAUGAGUAAUUCCGAGAACAUGGAAAACCUUUUGGAUAACCUUAACCUUUUGUCACCUAAUACGUCAAUGACUGUGUCAACUCAGUCUUCAUCUGCUACCCUGAUGCAACAAACACCAGGUUACUCAUUUGCAUCCUCGACCACAAGUAUAGGCUCACCAAAUCCAGACUACAGGAAAUUUACCUACGCUCAAGCUAGCAUGAACUCUAUGCCCCAGAUUCCUAUGCAGACUCUUCAAGACAGCAAAUCAAGCUACGGAUCGAUGAGCCAAUAUAAUUGUCCUGCAGGACUUUUGAAGGAGUUACUGACUUCUGAUUCUCCACCACACAAUGAUAUCUUGGCAUCAGUAGACACUGGUGUUUCCCAGACUGGUGGCAGGGUGCUGGGCCAGAGUGUGCUCAUGGUUGCUAACUCGGUGAUGCCGACUUACGGCAGCCAACCACCCCACAACAAAAUGAUGAACCCUAACGCCCGCCCUCACCAGGGACAUAACCAGCCAUCACCUGCAGUUAAUGGUCGUGCCUUGUCACACACAGUGAACACCAUGUCACACACUUCAGGUCUAAAUCGCUUGUCAACAGUGAAGACUUCGUUACAAGUGCCUAUGAGUCACCCCAUGCAGAUGAAUGCUAUGAACCCCUACGCCCCCGUUAACAGUUGCAAUGGCUACGGAAGGGUGGGAAUUGUUUCCCUCCACCAGGAAAAGCUUCCCAGUGACUUAGAUGACAUGUUAAUUGAACGGUUGGACUGUGACAUGGAGUCGAUUAUCCGUAAUGACCUUAUGGAUGGAGAAACAUUAGAUUUUAACUUUGACAGUGUAUUGCCUAACCAAAGUUUUCAGCACAGCGUAAAGACAACCACACACAGUUGGGUGUCAGGCUAGGAUGUAGUGGGAGGUUAUGGUUAUAUUCUCCAGACUUGUCUGACAGCAGGAACUGAGAAAAGCAGUGCAAAGAUGUCCUUCACCUUCCUUUUUAAUUUUCUUGACAAAGCUGUGUGCACGCACUAGCUUUUUUGGGGGGGUCUUUUUUUUUUUUUUCUUUUUUCUUCCUUUCGUCAGAGUUGGCAGCAGACAGAGUAUUUUCCUGUACAGGAUGUUUGCCCAAGGUUUGCAGGUUAUGUGCUGCUGUAGAUAAGAACUGUGCCAUUGGAAAUUUCAUUACUCUGAAGUGCCAAAUUCACUACACCAUGUAAUCACAGCAAAGACUCUUACUUACAUCAUGUUGUGCUUUCGGUUUUGUACAGUAUGAUCUGUAGAAGAAGAAUCGUUUUUUUAAGACUAUCUGUUUUGGUCCAAGAAAAGUUUAUAAACUUUUGUAAGAAUACUGUGAUGAUCUCAUGCCCUAAGUAAGUUUAACCUUUGUUGAUGUUACCUGUGUUCUUAUGAAUUGAGAUAACUGUGGACUUGCCUUGCAGUAGUAUGAACUGCAUUAUUUUACUCAAAAUUGCCACACAUUUCAUAUGGGAACAGAAUAGCCUGUUAAAUAUGAUCCUACUAAACUCACUGACUGUUGAGAGCAAACAGUAGGUUAAAUGCCAUAUGAUAAGUUACUUGUAUUAAUGUAAAUUUAUGCAAGAAUAUAUCUGGAUUUCAUUGUCUGACUAGUUACUUUAUUGUUGGACUUAAGAUAAUUUUUGGAAUACUUUCCAAGCUAUUUUUCUUAUAAUUGAAGUCUACUUUUGUUACAUAGGCAACUUAAAAAGAAAAAAAAAAUCUGGGAUCUGGCAGCAUUCAUAACUUCUUCAUUUUUGUACAGUAUUUUAACUGGAUUAAGUACCUGUUUUUAUAAAUUUCCCUAGCACUUGGGAGUGCUAAUAAAGAAAAAGCUUAAUAAGUAUCUUGAAUACAAAACAUUUCUGUCCCCCCCCCCCCCCUUUUUUUUUUUUUUUUUGUGUGUGUGAUGUAUAAAUAUAAACAACUUUAUGUUUAGGAAAUAUUUAAUCAGUUUUAUAUAUGCAUUUUUAGAGAUGUCAUCUGCUUCUAUUAUCAUUUUAACUGACUACCACAAAGUGUUAAGUAUUCAUUGUUAGACGCUUGUACAAUGCUUCACAUUUAUAUUUAUUUCACGGAGGUCUCAUAAUGUUUGUGCACUCAAGAGCAGGAACUUUUGGAGAAAAUCCAGAAUAAUUUCAGAAAAGUUAAUGACAGUGUUGUCAUUUUUCUUAAUUAGCACUGGUUUUAGGGUCUGCCCAUGUUUCUGUUGUAAUGCAGUAUGUCUGAAGAGGCAAAAGAGCUACUUUAUAGUGAGAGGUGAAAACUUUUGUGACCCCUUGAUACAGGACAAAUAAUUAUUUUUUUUUUUUUAAUAAGAAGGAAAAAGUAAGUGGCAAAGUUAUACAAAUACAUGAGCUCUAGGGAGAACUUUAAUGAUAGAAGCCUUGUUCCUAUGGAAAAGCCUGCUCUUGUUGGAGAGAGACACUGACAGCUACUGAGGCAUUUUCAGGAUUGGGUCUUGGCUGAAUAAUUACUGAUUUUUUGUAAUUGUACAAUGCAGUUUUCAUGGGUGUGUGGACAACAGGCCUUACCUGUCUUUUCACUGAUUGCUACACAUGGUUUGUGUUAUAGAAAUUCUUGGAGCUUUUUUAUGCUCUGACAGGAUGAACAGUUUUUGUGCUGAGGCUGGUUGUUGUCAGGAAGGGGAGAAAUAAAUUUUUUUCCCAUCAAUUUUUCUUUUGUCUGUUUAGCGCACAAUUAGAAAAUGCUGUAAUUGAAACGUAUUUUUUCUUGUAGUGAUGGCUGAGCCCGAGAAAGAAAUGGAAUGUGUCAAGAAAAUAAAGUUAAGUAACAAGCCAUAUUUUUAAUGAUCCUGUUAUGACUUUCCCAAGGCUCUUCAAUGUAUUGAUGUGCUAGCAUUUAUCUCCCUGUAGGGCUUAAAUCACUGCUAAUUACAGCUGGUCCUACUUCUUUAGAUAUUCUAUUACACUUGUCAGCAGUUCCAGAGGCUGAUGUUCAGCUGUCCUGUGAUACAGCAUCUCCCCCAGCAUAAAUUGGCCUUUCAACUUCAGUUGAGUGAAAUGAAGCAUUCUUAGUUCUGAAGCCUUGAUGAAGCAACCUGCUUUUACAAGUCAGUAUCUCUAGUAGCAUCUUCACUGUCACAUUCAUGAUCUCGGAAAUGUGGUGAUAAAUCCUGGCAGUGGAGCAAGAGGAGAGCUCACAGACGGGUUUCUGAAGAUCCUUCUUUCUGCUGCAUGUGCAAAAAUGUUUGCUCCCAAAUGGAUGCUGAUAUGCAUAAACCAAAGUAAUAGUAAAAUUCACCUCUUCAUGUAAAGGAAAGAGUGCUUGAGGCUACUCUAUGGGGCUACAGCUGAACAUGCUCCUGUUUAUUACUUACUGCUAAUGUGUAACUUGCUGCAUACAGAUACUUUCUUCAUUUCAUUUUAGAAAUAUGAGUAACGUAAAUGUAGCCGUUCCCUAAUUAUAGCAGUCUCUAAGAAGCCCCUUUUAAUUAUUAUGGGAAAGCAUUUGCAGAUAAUCAGAGGUUUGGUCUGUGUGGUCAAGUUUUGGGGUUUUUUUCCUUUUCUUCUGUGAUGCCAUCCUAAUAUUUUGCAAUUGUAAUUCUGGAAUACUGUGAAGUCUGGUGAAGGGGUGUGUUUUCUGCCUUGAAAACAAACAUUAUGUGACCUCUCGUAAUAAAUCCUAUUUCAGUAAAAGUACCAAGUUUCUGGAGUAACUUAGUUUGUCAGAAUUGUUGUAAAUGAUUGGUUUGUGAAUUGUGCAGAUGAUCUUACCUAUGCAGCCUUGUUUUUGACUUUUCUCUGGUUUGUACUGUUAUUAAAAGUUUAUUGUAUUAUAGAGCUGUUCAGAUAUUUUAAAUAUAAAGAUGUAUUGUUUCCAUAAUAUAGCUAUAUGAUGUUUUAGGUAGUAGAUGCAUUAAUUGGAAAGCUCUUCUUUGAUAAACUGACAAUUUGCCUACACUUAUAAGCAAAAGUCAUAUUGCUUAUUAUUGGCUUAAGUCAACUGAGCAUCCCUAAGAAGAGAAGAUAAAAUUGGACCAAUUAUAAACCAGUAUAAAAUUUGCACUUGUUAAACCACUGGAUGUAUGUUAGUACUUUUUUAUUUUUUUACUGAUUUGAAAUUCCUAUUUUCAUUAUGAAAUUGCUAGGAUCUUUAAUUUAUGACUGAUUUAAAUAAGGUAUUCUCAUUAUUAUUAUUAUUAUUAUUAUUAUUGUUAUUAUUAUUUUGGUAAUCAUAAUGUAAGAUGCAGCAUGGUUUAUGCAAGCAAAAAGCAAAUUACUUGGCAUUAAAACUGGCCUCCUUUUAGAGGGUGUUCCACAAACCAGCAAUAUCAUGAGAGAUUGGCAUGUACAUACUGCUAGUUCUGCUUGCGAGUAGUGUGACAGCUCUUCAACGCUUCACUUCUCUGACUUAGUCACAUUGCAGAAUUAAAAUUCAUACGUGGAUAUUUUCAGAAAAAGUGCCUGAUGUACUUCUACAGACACACGAGAACAAUCCCUGACAGUUUGUUGUAUAAAGCCAUAAAUGUAUAUAAAUGAUGUUUAAGAGGU